CCCUACCCCCCAGACCAGACCAGAUCAUACAAGAGCAGACCAGCAAACAAAACCACCUCCCUCCCUCACAAUGACCUCCAACUCAACCUCCGACAUCCCCUCACACCUCGACCCAACAACCUACCCACGCACCGCCCAAGACCCCGCCCUGAACAUCCACAUCUCCCUAACCUACAACUUCCUCGACGCCAGCGCCGCCCUCGCCCGGGUGUCGUCGCCCUCCGCCGGCGCAAACGUGCUCUUCCUCGGCACGACGCGCAACACGUUCGAAGACCGCCCCGUCUCGCAACUCAGCUACACCGCCUACCCGCCGCUCGCGCUGAAGACGCUGGACGAGAUCGCGCACGACGCGGUGGCCAAGCACGAGCUGCUGGGGAUCGUGAUCGCGCAUCGGCUGGGCACGGUGCCGAUCUCGGAGGCGUCGAUUGUGAUCGCGGUGAGUGCGGGACAUCGUGGCGCGGCGUGGAGGGCUGGAGAGGAGGUGCUGGAGCUGUGUAAGGAGAAAGCGGAGAUUUGGAAACUGGAGGAGUUUACGGAUGGGGAGAAGGAGUGGAGGGCGAAUCGGGAUCGGGAUGCUGAGGGGAGGGUUGUUGGUGAGCAGUGAUCUUAUGGUUUUGAAUGCUGCGUGUUCUGGUGGUGGUUGAUGCGGAAGAGCACGGGGGGUCGGGGAUAUAUUGGUCUGGUUGGGAGGCUCUGAAUGAAGGAUUGAUGGAACCGGAAAACUGGUGUUGGUUGGGUAUUCUACAUUGCAUUCCCAGCGGUGCAUAUUGAGUAGGGUAUUUUCUAUUGUACAUAUCUGC